AUGCAGACCGCUAAACCUAAUAAUUUGAACCGUGCUAUAGAAGAAACAUCUAUUGCCCGCCUUACCGAACAAAUUGCUAAACUUAAUAUUAAUCUUGCUGAAAAACAACCUGCUACUCCU